CCAUGUAGCUUCUGCCCUGUGGGUUGUUGUCAUUGCCGUUUCUAUGGUUUCAUUUUAUUCAUUUUUUUUCCCACAGGGUUUGUUCUUGGAGGAGCCUUUGGUAUUUUCACUGCAGGAAUUGACAGCAAUGCGGGCAUUGACCCCAAAGAUCCACUAAGGACACCGACAGCACGAGAAGUCCUCAAAGACAUGGGUCAGAGGGGGAUGUCCUAUGCUAAAAACUUUGCCAUUGUGGGCGCCAUGUUUUCCUGUACAGAGUGCAUCAUAGAAUCAGUUCGACAAAAUGACUUUGUUUCUGACAGGUUUUCUCUCUGUCUCUCUCUCUGUUCUGCAGCUGGUCUAAAAGCAGGAGUCCUGGGAUGUGGAGGAUUCGCUGCUUUCUCUGCUGCCAUUGAGUAUUAUUUGCGCUGAGCGGAGCGUCUCUGUGGGGGCGGAAAAAACCCCAAAAAACUUUGUCAGUGGAGAUGAGUACCACGAUAAAUGCCGUGCUGUAAAUAUUUACCCGUACGUCGAGGACUGCUGCAAAGGCAGAAGGGACGAUUUCAGCGGAACCAACUUGUUCUUUUGUGUACAGUGAUGACUCAUGGAACUGAACGUGUGUUCUUUUAUAUUUUCUUUUCCUAGCUUUACAUCAGUUUUCUGCGGGAAGUUUAUCCAAACAGAUCAUUUCCAUGUGGAAAUAAGCAAAAAUCAUUGUGGGUGGUCUUGAGACAAAGGUCACUCUGAGUCACAAUGAUUUCAAAUUAGACUCGGAACACGAGACCAAGCUGAACGUGAUCUAUGUCCUCGUGUAAAGCUAGUAUCAUUAGGCUGUGUCUGAUUUGCAUUUAAAUUAUUUCGAAAAUAAAUACUUCCUUAAUAACU